AAAACAUACAAAAUAUAACAAACAAAAACAUAGCAACUUUAAUAAUUUUGCAAGUUAACAAGUUACAAGUAACUUAAGUUCAAUUUAAACAUGCGUUCAAUGAUUGCUGUAUUGACUGUACUUUUCGUUGUCUUCACCAUUGGUGACUUCAAGAAUGUAAACCAGAAAUAUGCGAAGACUAUACCCCGAGUCAGUCAACAAUUUAAAGGAACGUUUGCUGAGGACUUUAAACAGGGAAAGAAUUCAUCGGCUUUUGCCCUGAACUCUGCCAAUAACUGUUGGGUGUGCGACAGUCCCUGUGCUAUGAUCUACUGUUGCGAUGAUGGGUACCCCCAGUGCUGUAUUGUCGGCGGAUAUUGUGGCUGUUGUACCCACUAAACACUAAACACUAAACAUUCAUUUCAUACCAUUCUGUAUUUCAUUAAAUUUACAAUGUUUUACCAUUUUAAUAUUUAUUACAAAAUAUUAUGUUCAAUCGUUUAAUAUAAUAAAAGUAUAAGUUUAAUUCAUAACAAAU